AUGGCAGACCUACCAAGCACACAAGACCUCAUGCCAGUCCUCGCAGAUGAUCUCAUGCGAGAUAGGGCCAGGCAGUUCGUAGAGUUCCUAGACGAUGAUACACAAGCAAAUUACAAUUAUCGAGAAUCGAUCAAGAGGAUGUUAGACCUCGAGCAAGUACGAUUGAUAGUGAACCUAGAUGAUUUGAGGGAUUACGAGAGGACAUACGCAGAUGGUCUGCUCUUACAACCUACCGAAUACCUUCCUGCUCUAGACGCUGCUUUGAUGCAGCUCGUGCAGAGUUUGCAUGAUCCUACCAAACACAAGAUAACAGGGAACGAAUAUUACGUCGGUUUAAGAGGUUCGUUUGGUCAACAACAUUGUAAUCCACGUACGUUGAGGAGUCACCAGAUUGGUAAGAUGGUCAGUUUGGAAGGUAUUGUGACUAGGUGUUCAUUGGUCCGACCUAAAAUGCUCAAAUCGAUUCACUUCUGUCCCCCUACCGGUAAAUUCCAUUCUCGUUCAUAUCACGAUGCGACCAUCAUCGCCCCUUCAUCAACAAUGACAGGAUCGACAACAGUGAUACCUCAAGACGAUGGAGCAGGUCAUCCUCUAUUGAUGGAAUAUGGAUUAUCGACUUUCCGAGAUCAUCAGACGAUAAGCAUCCAAGAGAUGCCCGAACGUGCGCCUGCAGGUCAACUACCGCGAAGUGUCGAAGUGGUUCUGGCAGAUGAUCUGGUGGAUUGCUGUAAGCCUGGUGAUAGAAUUCAGUUGGUGGGAGUGUAUAAGUCUUCAGGUGGUGGUGCAGGUGCAAGAGGUUUCCAAACCUCAAUCAUCGCCAAUAAUAUUAUCCUCCUCUCUUCGAAACAAGGUGGUGGAAUUGCCCAAACUCCAUUGACCGACACGGAUAUUCGAAAUAUCAACAAGCUCUCCAAGCGUAAAAACAUCUUCGAACUCUUAUCUCAAUCCCUUGCACCGUCAAUCUAUGGAUCAGAUUACAUCAAAUCUGCUGUUUUACUUUUACUUUUGGGUGGAGAAGAGAAGAAUCUGAAGAACGGUGCGCACAUCAGAGGAGAUAUCAAUAUUUUGAUGGUCGGUGAUCCUUCGACGGCUAAAUCCCAGAUGUUGAGGUUCGUCUUGAACACUGCGCCUUUGGCUAUUGCUACCACUGGUAGAGGAUCCUCCGGUGUAGGUUUGACGGCUGCUGUUACCACUGAUAAAGAUACUGGUGAAAGACGUCUCGAAGCUGGUGCGAUGGUCUUGGCCGAUCGAGGGGUGGUGUGUAUCGAUGAAUUUGAUAAGAUGUCAGAUGUGGAUAGAGUAGCGAUACACGAAGUGAUGGAACAGCAGACUGUAACCAUCGCCAAAGCUGGUAUACACACUUCGCUCAAUGCUAGAUGUAGUGUUGUUGCUGCUGCAAACCCCAUUUACGGACAGUACGAUGUGCACAAAGAUCCUCAUCGAAAUAUCGCAUUACCGGAUUCCUUGUUAUCUCGUUUCGAUCUUUUAUUUGUGGUUACGGAUGAUACGGAUGAACAGAGGGAUCGAAUGAUCUCAGAACAUGUACUGAGGAUGCACAGAUACCUUCAACCAGGAGUAGAGGAGGGUGCACCUGCUAUCGAGAAUAUCUCUCAAAAUCUUGAUGUGGGAGGCGACGAGGCGGAAUCACGAAUCACCGAGACUCCCGUCUUUGAGAAAUUCAACCCUCUCUUACAUGGUGGAGUGACCACUUCAUCCGGACGAGGAGCCAACAAAAAGAAAGAAGUAUUGAGCAUCGCUUUCGUCAAGAAAUAUAUCCAAUAUUCGAAAUCACGAUGUCAUCCCACGUUAACGAAGGGAGCGGCAGAUUGGAUCGUCAGUGUCUAUAGCGCGUUGAGAAAUGAUGAUUUGGCUGGAAACCAGAAGAGGACCUCCCCUCUCACAGCGCGUACGCUCGAAACGCUCAUUCGUCUCUCCACCGCCCAUGCCAAGGCCCGUCUCUCGUCGACAGUCGAUGAGCGAGAUGCUAUGGCCGCAGAGGAGAUCCUCCGAUUCGCAUUGUUCAAGGAAGUGCUCAAACCUGAAAGGAGGAAACGACGAAAGCUCAAUGCGGGCGUAUCAGUCGAUGAUUCGGAUGAAGAGGAUGAGCAAGAAGACGCAGAGGGUGAAGAGGAGGCUGCCACCGGAGGAGUCACUGAAUCUCAGAGGGAGAGAGCUAGAGAGAAGAAUAGAAGGAUGGAAGGUGGACCUCCCCUUAGAGGUGCAUCUACACCUACACCCAGAACACCUAGGGCUACUAGAGCAGCUGCUGCUGCCGCGGGUGGUGCUGCUGGUCAAGGGGAAGACGAGGACGAUGUUGAGAUGGGUGAAGCAGAAGCUUCAUUAGGUCUUGCUCCUCCGGAUGCCGAAGGUGAAGGAGGUAUAGAAGAGACGGAUGCGGAGAUCAACCCUCGAAGAUUAGACUUGUUCCGAAAUCGAUUAUCAACCAUAUUCGAAGAUCAAUUAGACGCAGAUGGGAUGAUAGAUUUCACUGAGCUUGUUCCCAAGAUCAACGAGGGUCUGUCAACCGAAGAGAUGUUUGGUAAUAGAGAAGCGAGAACGGCAGUGCAGAAGAUGAACGAUGGGAAUGAAAUUAUGUUUGCGGAUGGAACGGUGUAUAAGGUAUAG